UCUUCUCUAUUUCAAUGGUCGUUACACUCACUAAUCCGACCAACCCGCUAAUCCGCUAUUACGACCAAUUUAAUUAGUACCAAUAAUCGAUAUUGUUCUUAAUUGACACCCGCCAAAGGACCAGUAAUUUUCACACCUUACUUAAUCUGGUGUUGUGGUACUUUCGGGCUUGUGUACGAAGCCAUUGUGACCCAAUUAACCUCAAUUAACGACAACGGUUUUUGGCAUCGAUUUGCGACACAGGUGUUAGAUUUUCGGCACUUGUAAUUAUUUUUAACCCUUGAUUGACAAUUAGCUAUUAUUAUCGAGUCUUUGAUGGGUAAAUUGGUAGUUGUUUGGUACAUACUUUAAAGAUUAAAUACGGCGAAUAAUUUAACAGUUAGGAUAUUUGAGUAACAUGAUUCUGUUCGUGAUGGAUAUAAAAACCGACCUUUAUACCAUAUCGUUAUUCAAAAUGGAUAAGCGUAAACGGAAAGAGUUGUCUUUAAAAGAAAAAAUUGAUUUGAUCAAAGCGAGUGAUGGGAGAUCUCAACGGCAGUUGGCCGAUUUAUUCGGCAUUGGAAAGACUCAGGUUCAAACUAUCCUAAAAAGAAAAGCUGAAUUUUUAGACGGCUAUGAACAGAACCAAGGCAACGAGAGAAAAAGGCUGUGUACCAGAUCACCGGUUGAUAACAUAAACACUCUCAUGUGGGAGUGGUUUAAGACAGCCAGGUCACAGGGUAUUCCACUCUCCGGUCCCAUGCUUCAAGAAAAAGCCUUGUUCUAUGCGUCAGAACUGGGGGUAACAGACUUCAAGGCAUCCAAUGGGUGGCUUGGCCGUUUUCGCGAGAGACAUAACAUUAACUUCGCGGCAGUGUGUGGUGAAAGUAACAGUGUGAAUCAGGUGACUGUGGAUGACUGGGUGGAACGACUUCCAACCAUACUUGCUGGUUACGAUCUCUGUGAUGUGUUCAACAUGGACGAAACAGGGUUAUUCUUUAGAGCCCUCCCAGACAAAUCUCUCUCCAUCAAAGGUGAAGAUUGUAAAGGUGGAAAGCGUUCCAAAGAGAGACUUACAGUGGCUCUAUGUUGUAACGCUGUUGGUGAUUUUGAAAAGCCGCUUAUGAUUGGUAAGGCGGCAACCCCUAGGUGUUUCAGAAACACCGACGUAUCACGACUUCCAGUGAUGUGGCGUCACAACAAGAAGGCGUGGAUGACAAGAGCCCUCUUUACAGAGUGGGUUCAGCUCUUCAACCAACGAAUGCGCCGGGCCAGGAGAAAUGUCCUUCUCCUCCUGGAUAACGCGCCGUCACAUCCUCCAGACCUACAACUUACCAACGUCAAAAUUGUGUUCCUUCCAGCGAACACAACAUCCAAGCUUCAACCUCUAGACCAGGGUAUCAUCCAAAACAUGAAGCAGUUGUACCGAAAAAGACUUCUCCGUUCAGUGCUAUCGAAGAUUGACAAAGAAAGCAUGAGUGCUGUGGAGUUGUCUAAGUGCGUGUCUGUGCUUGAUGCUGUGCAAUGGGUUCACUCAUCAGUCAAUGAAAUCAAAAGAGAAACCGUCUCUGGUUGUUUCAAGAAGUCUGGUGUUCACUUUGACGACAGUGACAACCUUCCCCUCUCUGAGCUAUCCGACAACAUGUCUCUCUCAGAAUUGAGGGACAUGCUACGAACAGCCCAGACAGAUUUGAAACUUGAAAACGCAAUGUCCGCAGAGGAGUUUGAGGCCAUUGACAGCAACAUCCCUGUUCAUUCAGACCUGAGUGAAAAUUGGGAGAAAGAACUUAUGGAAACUGUGUUGAAGCCUGUGAGUGUGACUGAUCCCCAGAUUGUUCAAGAAGAAAAAGAAGAACUACAGCCCGAGCAAACUGAACUGAAAAUUAAUUCCUAUCAUGAUGCUCUGCAUUGGUUAGCACAAUUAAGACUUUUCUGUUACAGCAAAGAUAUGGCAACUGAAGCAUUUGAAUGUGGUAGACUGCAGGAAAGUCUAGAAAAUCAGGCUGUGAAAGUAAAAAGCUCUGCUAAGCAGACGAGAAUCGACUCAUUCUUCAAAUAA